AUAAAAAGACGAGAAUGCCCCUGAGAAGAGAGAAGCCGAAGAAGAAGAGAAACGAUCGGGAGAGAAAGAGAGAGAGAGAGAGAGAUAAGUCAUCUAUCCAUCUGAUUCCUUCGAUCUGCUAAGAGAUUUCUCUGGGUGAAGGAAGGAAGGAGAUAGAUCAGCAUCAUCAUCAUCGUUAUCGCCAGGAGAAAGUUAAAAAAAAAAACGUAGUGUCUAAAGGGAGGAGUGGAGUAAGAUUCAUACUGAGAGGAGGAUAGCAAAAUGGCAGAUGGGAUGUCGAGUUUUUGGGGUCCUGUGACCUCUACUAUUGAGUGUUGUGAGAAGAACUACGCCUACUCCUCUUACAUCGCUGAGUUCUACAACACCAUCUCCGGUCUCCCUGGAAUCCUUCUCGCUCUCAUUGGUCUUGUCAAUGCCAUUAGGCAACGCUUUGAGAAGAGGUUUAGCAUCCUUCACAUCUCCAACAUGAUCCUUGCUAUCGGCAGCAUGCUCUACCAUGCCACUUUGCAGCACGUGCAACAACAGAGUGAUGAGACACCAAUGGUGUGGGAGAUACUUCUCUACAUGUACAUCCUCUACUCUCCGGACUGGCAUUACAGAAGCACCAUGCCCACUUUUCUCUUCCUCUACGGUGCUGCCUUCGCCGCGGUCCACGCUUACCUCAGGUUCGGCAUCGGUUUCAAGGUCCACUACGUGAUCCUCUGCCUUCUCUGCAUCCCUCGGAUGUACAAGUACUACAUUCACACCGAGGACACCGCGGCCAAAAGAAUUGCCAAGUGGUACGUCGCUACGAUCCUGGUGGGAAGCGUGUGCUGGUUCUGUGACCGUGUGUUCUGCAAGACGAUAUCUCAGUGGCCUGUGAAUCCUCAGGGACAUGCUCUCUGGCAUGUCUUCAUGAGUUUCAACUCUUACUGCGCGAACACGUUCUUGAUGUUCUGUCGAGCUCAGCAACGUGGAUGGAAUCCGAAGGUGAAGUACUUUCUGGGAGUUCUUCCUUAUGUCAAGAUCGAGAAGCCGAAGGAACAGUGAGAAAGAUUGGGAGGAAGAAAGUGCCCAGAAGAAGACCUUUAUUAUAUUUUUUUUUUUGGAAGUAAAACUCUCUAGAUACAGAAGUCUAGAUUCUUUUUUCUUGUAUUAUUUUUUAUUGGGAAUGAUGAUGAUCUUAAGAAGAAUUGAUUUUUAGCUUUGCUGA